AUGGCUGGCAGAGUGGCCGACGCCAAGCUCCCCGAGUGGAAGGACGCGGUCCAGCAAGCAUCUUUGAAGGUCCGGGAGUUCACCAAGCGACUACAAGCCCAAGAGGCGUCUUUGCUGGAGUGCAUCGAUGUUGCCUACCGCUUGGUCCUGGCGGAGGGCGUCCGCUCCGGAAUCAUCGCAACUUGCCAGGAGCUGUCGCUGUGGCCUCCACCUCCGAAUCCACACGUGGAAGCCGACGACUGCUGUUUCCAGGAUACGUCUGCCCCGCUGCCCGUCAUCGCGCAGAGGGCCUUCAACGACGAGAAGCGACGUGACAGCCACGAAAGUUUCCGAUUGCUGUACAAGAAGGCUACGACGGCUUCUUUUCUAGUGGACUUCGCCUCGGAGGCAGGGCAAGCGCUCCCAGACCUCCAGCACUAUCGAACGAUGCUGGACGAGUUCAUGCAGCGAGUGGAGGAGUGGACAGCACACAGCAGCCGCUUUCAUCUCUGCCCACUCUCAAGGGCUGGGAACGCUUUGGUCAUCGGGCUCAGCCAGGGUGGGAUGGCUGCCGAAACGGCGAAGGAGCUUGUGGCACGCCGUUGGUCCAAGAACUGGGAAACAAACGUCGGCACCGCCGUGAAUGUCGCUGCAGCUGCCCUCGCGGUUGGUGCAAGCGUGGCGGCCUUGCGCCGCGCCUCACGGCCGAGGUAG